AUGGAGGCAACGGUGCUGAGCGUGGGCAAGUCCGUGCUGAGCGGAGCGCUUAGCUACGCCAAAUCUGCCUUGGCGGAGGAGGUGGCCCUGCAGCUGGGAGUACGGCGUGAUCAGGCCUUCAUCACGGGUGAGCUCGAGAUGAUGCAGGGCUUCCUGAUGUGUGCACACGAGGAGGGGCGAGAAGGCAGCAGCAUGGUGGUCAAGAUCUGGGUGAAGCAAGUCCGCGACGUGGCAUACGACGUCGAGGACUGCCUCCUGGACUUCGCCGUCAGGUUAGAUCAUCAGCAGUCGUGGUGGUGUAUCCCCCAAAGGCUGCUUGACCGGCGUUUUGUGGCCAAGGAAAUGAAGGAGCUCAGAACCAAGGUGGAGGACAUCGGCCAGAGGAACGUGCGCUACCGCCUCAUCAAGGAAUCAUCUGGGCAGCCAUCGUCUGCCACUGCCACCAUCAGCAGUGAGGUGAUACUUCACGUCGCUGAAGCCACAACACGUGCUGCGCUUCACCGGGAAAAGGAAAAGGCGGAUCUUGCCGAGCUGAUCACCAGAGAUGGCCAUGGGUCGGUGAUCGCGGUGUGGGGAGCAAGCAGCGAUGUUGGGGUCACAUCUAUCAUCAGAGCUGCCUAUGAUAAGCCAGAAGUAAAAGGUAAGUUUCAGUGCCGAGCCUGGGUAAGGCUGAUGCAUCCCUUCAACCCAAAUGACCUCUUUGUCAGCAUGGUGAGGCAGUUUUACCAAGAUUCAUGUGAUGAAUCUGGUAAAGCAAUUACGCAAGGAGGAGGAACAGCCACUGGACUGACAGUUCUGAAGAAGAUGUCGGCACUAGAUCAUAGUUUGGUCGAUGAGUUUAAUCGGUAUGUGACGGAGAAGAGGUACUUGGUUGUUAUUGCUGAUGUGCAUACCAUAGAAGAGUGGGACUGGAUCAAAACAUACUUCCCAAGCAUGAACGGGAGCCAGAUCAUUGUGUCCACGCAGCAAUUUGAAGUUGCAAGAUUGUGCACUGAGCAGCCGUACACGGUAGCGGAGAUUGAACCAAAAUGGUCAUUCGACAAGGACUUGUAUGUCUUCUACCACAAGCACAAGGUGGAGGCUCAAAUCAAAGGAGGUCACAAGGCCGAGUCCAGCUCAAAUGGUGAGAUCACAAGUGCUGAAGAAGCUCCUCGUGAGGAACAGCAGCACGCAGAUCAGAAGCUCACUAGUGCCAGUGCAGUGGCAGCCGCUUUGGAGGAAGAUCGGCUUAUCAACCGGGUGGCAGCAAAAGCUACAGUUAUUGAGUUACUCAGUCAACCUGGCGAGGUGAUCACCAUUUGGGGAAUGGGAGGUCUUGGGAAGACUACUCUUGUAACAAGUCUCUACCAACAAGAACUCAGUGAAAGAUUUCAGAGGCGCGCUUGGUUCACAGUGCCGCAUUCUCUGAACCAUCUAAGCCAUCAAGAAUUUCAUGAGGACUUGCAACGGCAAUUGAAAGUGGAUUAUCAUGGAGACAAAGAAAAGCCUGAAGGACAGCAAAAUGACAAUGGAGAGGAGACUCAAACAACGGAAAACAAAAAAACUGUUGAAACUUUGGCAGAGAUUUUAUCGAACAAGAAAUGCCUCAUUGUUUUUGACGAUCUAUCAUCCAUCGAAGACUGGCAAUGGAUAAAGCAGCUGUUGCCAUCAAGAGAAAAUACUGCCAACAAGAUCAUUGUCACCACUCGGAAACUGAAUGUUGCCGAGUCAUGUUCGCAGAUAGAAAGCCAGAUAUACAAUCUCGAGCUUCUUAGUGAUGAGGAUGCUCUCCGCCUAUUUGAAAAAAAGGUAAUAUACAAGACAUCUGACAUAGUAGAAGCAUUACUUCGAACUAUUUUGUUUUUAAGAUGCCUCAUAUUUUCUUGCAUACAAAUAUUAUACUGA